AGGGCGGGGCCCAGAGCGGCCGCUUCGCCUGCGUGUCGUCUUGCAUUCCUUAAGGGCUGCGGCCACCGCUCCAGCUUCCCGGUUGAGAUCGCUCCCAGCAUGGCCCGGGAAGGCGGCGGCGGCACGGGCAGCAGCAGCAGCUCCCUGGAGGCUGCCCUGGCUGAAUGCACAGAGGCACUGAGCUGCUUCCUGCGUAACCAGUUCAGCGAGAGCCUUGAGAUGCUGCAACCCAGGGCCAAAGAGAGCAUGUAUCAUGCCUUAAUCUAUGCCACCAUCCUGGAGAUGCAAGCCAUGAUGACCUUCGAACACGAGGAUAUUGUUCAUGCUGGGCAUACUAUGAAAGAGGCACAGGAGAUCUGCCAGAGGUUUCGGAGGAAAAGCACUGUGACCGGUUCCUUUUCCAGUCGGCUAGGUGGAGAUGCCUGUACUGAGGAGGAGCUGCAUGCUGAAGUGUGUUAUGCAGAAUGCUUAUUGCACCGGGGGGCCCUCACCUUCUUGCAGGAUGAAAAUAUGGUGAAUUUCAUAAAAGGGGGAAUCAAGGUGCGUAGCAGCUACCUAAUUUACAGGGAACUCAACAGUUUCAUCCAACCAAAUCAAUUGCCAGCAAGCUCUGCUCGUGCUCAUCUAGAAGGGGGAGUUGCACUGGGCGUUGGUGCCUUCAACUUGACUCUCUCUCUUUUUCCACCUCGGAUCUUGAAACUUCUGGAAUUUGCGGGGUUUUCAGGGGACAAGGAUCAUGGCCUGCGACAGCUGCAUCAGGGGGCCACCACACCCAACCUCCGGGCUCUGCUUUGCACAAUGUUGCUCCUUUGCUACUAUACCUUCCUUACUUUCAUCUUAGGGAUUGGUGAAGAUAAUUUUACAGAGGCAGAGGCCCUGCUGAGUCCAUACCUCACUCGCUACCCUAAGAGUGCCAUUUUCUUAUUCUUCUCUGGGAGGAUAGAGGAGAUCAAAGGAAACAUCAAUGAGGCCAUCAAGAAGUUUGAAGAGGGCUGCUCUGCCCAGCAGGCAUGGAAGCAGUUUCACCACAUGUGCUACUGGGAGUUGAUGUGGUGUUUUGCCUACAAAGGAAUGUGGAAAAUGGCCUACUUCUAUGCAGACCUGCUGAGCAAGGAGAAUCGCUGGUCCAAGGCUAUGUACGUGUACAUGAAAGCUGCCUUCCUUAGCAUGCUGCCAACAGAGGAGCCACGGCCUUUUGGUGAGGAGGAGGUUGAGCUCUUUAGGCAGGUUUCCUCCUUCAAGCAGAAGAUUGCAGGAAAAUCUCCACCCACAGAGAAGUUUGCCAUCCGCAAAGCAAGGCGCUACAAAGCUAGCGAGCAUGUUCCCCUGCCUGUGCCAGCCCUGGAGAUGAUGUAUAUGUGGAAUGGAUUCACUGUCCUGGGCAAGCAGCAGGAACUGCUAGAGGGGACUCUAGACACCUUGACGAAGGCUGAGAAGCAACUACAACAGGCACCAGCGAGAGAGUAUCAGAUGGAUGACCAGUGUCUGGUGCUACUUCUCAAAGGCCUAGUCCUCAAGCACUUGCACAGUUCAGCUGAGGCAGAGGCCUGCUUCAGUGCUGUCCAUGGCAGUGAGAAGAGGAUCCGGUAUGAUCACUACUUGGUACCGAAUGCACUGCUGGAGUUGAGCCUCCUGUACGUGGCACAAGGCCGGAACGAAGAGGCUGUGCAGCUGCUCCGUAGGGCAAAGAACAACUACAAGAAUUAUUCAAUGGAAUCACGAACACUGUUCCGGAUACACGCUGUAUUGUCCAAGCUCAAGGCCAGCCAGGAGGAAAAUGAUGCAGAUGGAACCAGCCCUUCAUAGAGAAUGGUGUUUCCUGCCUUCUGUCUUGUAAGAGGGGUGAACUCUUGUUCUUAGGAGCAUGUGGACCAAAGAGGCACCUAUCAAAGUACAACUUGGGAUGCUGCCUCUCUCCUUUGGUGGGUCUGUUUUGAAGAAAUGCCUUGUCACCAAUCUAAUGCUUGAUACUUUGUGUGUGGGAACAGAUGGGCUUUACCCAUCUGAAUUAUGGUGCCCAAGCCCAGGGAGUAGCUGGGCAAAUGUUGCUUGCUAAUCAGUGAAGUUGAAAGGAGAAGCCCAUCUUUAUUAGUCUCCUCUCUCAGGGUCCUACAAAUCAGGGUUAAGUUCUCCCUUCUCCAAUCUCAUCUUGACUUGGGAAUAGUCUGAAGGUGCAGUACUCUCCCUCUACCUUUUUGGUUUCCUAUCAUCUUUCCUUCUUGGUCACUGCUUGUUAACUUAGCAAGCCCACAGCAUCCUGGAACCUCAUGUCACAUUGGUGUUGAACUUUAGAGUUUCAGUCAUCCAGCAAGGAGGCCCAGCUUUGGCUGGAAACUGAGUUUAUCACAAGUGAUUAAAAUGGUAACACUCCUCUGUGGCCUUCUCUUUUUCAAAAGUGCAGACAGCUUCUUCUGUUUUGUACUGAUAUGAUCAGUCUCCAUUUAAAGACACAUUUCUAAAUGUUGGAAAGGAAAAACAAAUUUUGGCACAGGCUCUUAAAGCAGGAAACAGCCAGGCAUUUUUGUUGUACAUACAGGUGGUGAGUAUUUGAAGUUUUUUUGAAUGAAACCACCUCAAGUAGUAACUAGACCAGAAGCAGCUUCAAGCCAAGUGUAGACUGAUCUGUCAUUAAAUGUCAGCAUUGCCCAUGUGUAUGUUCAUUGCUGGUCAUUCUUCCUGAAAGUAGCAGAUGGACCUACUUCCUGAA